AAUUUUUCAGGUUUUCAGAAAUACUUCUCAAGAAGAAAGCAAACGGAAUGAUGACUGGAGGUCUUGGUGAAGGUUCAGCAUGGAUGUUCGUUGAUUACCCGUUAUCCCUAAUUAUCGACGAGAUUAAACAUUACUCGCUGUCACGUCGUGCGUUGUCAUCGAGGACAGGUAGAGAAAAGCAAUUGAAGGAAUAGUUCCGAGUGGUCGAAUUCGUCGCGAUUUUCGUCAAUUAAGUUUAGGACUGUAAGCAUUACUUCUUACUGUCGUAACUCUGGGUGGAAUGUUGAGCAGCAACGGUGCUGGAGGGCUGUCGACGGAGGAUUUAACGACAGUUGCGGCCUUGGAAGGCAAUGAGAACAAAGACGGGAGGGCCGCCGGGCAGGCGUCUUCCGCGACGCUCGGCGGCGAAUCCGAUUUACUGGAAGGCAUCUCCGCUGGCAACCCUGGCAAUGGCUCUUCGCCAGCGGCUUCCGACGACGAGGACGAGUUCCGCUACGACGUGCUGGACGCGAAGCAAUUGCGCGCAGAAAUGCAAGCUGCCAUUGCCGAAGUGCAGCAGAUAAUUAAGGCGUCCCCACGACAGUGCUCUGAGAAUGAGGACGUAGUGCCGACCCUGUUCCUCUCGAACAACCUUUUUAUGAUGCUUCCCGGGCUCUUGCGACACAGGUAUCUUUUAUUCAUUUCUUCAGCUGUAGCGGAAAAGGAAGGCGAAAACAGCAGUGCACCAGGAUCCCCGACAAAGAGGCGAAGUUCUGCCAAGAGUAAAUCCUCCCUGCUGACGACAUUCGAGUGCGGAAUUUGCAUGGAACCCGCGAAACCCACGUGGCGCGGAGAAGACGCGGGUUGUGGGCACCGAUUUUGCAGGGACUGUUACAGGGACUACAUUUCAUCGCGCAUACUCAGCGGCACCAUGAACGAAUGGGCGACAUGUCCUCAAAGUGAUUGCGAACAACUCGUUUCCCAUGAGCAGAUUGAGUCGCUGCUGAGUGCAGAUUCGCACGCAUUGCAACUGUAUGCGAGAUUCCUGGUCAAUUCCUAUGUGGACAGUCACAAGAGUGUCAAGUGGUGCCCGGCUCCGGAUUGCGAAUUUGCAGUUCGUGUGCGGGAAGGUAUA